AUGAAGCUCUCCACGAUUGCGGCUUCAUCCUCCAUUCUUUGCGGCGGCAUCGCUGCUGCUGCACAUGUCCCCGAUUUCCACAUGCACCAUAAGCGUGCGCUUGACCGCCGCACCACCGGAGCGGCGUUCUCGAGCGGGAUCAAGCGCGGCCUGGCGUUCAGCGACGCCUCCUUGACGCAGCAGUUCACCUCCGAACAGGUGAGCUGGGCAUACAACUGGGACUCGGAUUACUCUGGGACGCUGCCCUCGGGCGUGGCAUAUAUCCCGAUGCUCUGGAGCGCAGCCCCGGAGCUCACCUCGAAGUGGCAGGCCAACGCCGAGAGCGCCAUCGCGAAUGGCGCGCCGUAUCUCCUCGGUUUCAACGAGCCCGACGACAGCACGCAGGCUAACAUGACGGCGCAGGAGGCCGCGGACGCUUGGAUGACCUACAUGGAGCCGUUCGCGGGCAGGGCCAAGCUCGUCUCACCCGCGGUCACGAACGGCGGCGCGCCGAUGGGCAAGGCGUGGCUGGACGCGUUCAUGCAGGCGUGCAGCCAGUGCACGAUCGACGCGGUCGCGAUCCACAUCUACGACUACUGCUCGAACGAGCCGUAUUACCAGAGCUACAUCGAGGAAAUUGCGCAGGCGUACGGAAAGCCUGUCUGGCUCACGGAGUUCGGCGCCGCUGGGUCGCCGCCGGAGAAGAUAAGCUUCCUGCAGUCAAUGACCUCGUGGAUGGACAAUCAGAGCUUUGUGGGGGCCUACGCAUGGUUCAUGGUUGCACCCCUCAACCUGGUCAACUCCGAUGGCAGCUUGACCGGCUUCGGACUCGCGUACCUUGGCGAAAGCCCGUAG